AUGAGCAACCUCCAGAUGCCACCCGCUGAUGCUGCUGUGGUGUGCCUCCGUGUGCUGGGUCAUCUCCUGCAAGACGAGGAGGUGACACUGGCACAGUUGAGUUACCUGAUCGAGAAUAUUCACAAUCCCUUGGCCCAAGUGUGUCUGCCGCCGAGCCAGAGACCCAUAGCCGUUGCCGCUCCACAGCUGAGCUCGCUACCGCCCAGUGUGUUGAACCGCCUCAGCCCUCCAAGCAGGUACGCCUACUCGUCAGCGUCCUCCCCAAUGGCAGCCACGGCGGCUAGUGAAGCAAAAGCGCGACGCCUGUCACCCCAGCCCGCCGUGCGCGAGACGGCGCCGCCUGCACAGCAGCAGCAGACGACAUCGGCCAAGAAGGCCAAAACAACUGCAAAGGCGCACAAGACAGUCUAUGGAGCUUCAAAGAAGAGUGUAGCGAACGCAAAGGUCUCCUCGUCAUCGACCAGCGAGGCGGAGGCACGCGUCCCGCUGACCUCCAGCCAGUACUGGGACACCUUCGCCAAUCUACCCGCGCUGUACACGGUGUACCUCGCCCUCGUGAGGCAGCUCGACACCAUGCUUCAACGCCUCAUCCACAUCGUGGAGGAGCUGCAUCUGGCGACCCGGGACACUGCGAACAGCGGGGCCGCCUACAACCCCUCUCCCGGCACGGCUCUGGGGGAGGACAUGGUGAGCGCAGUGUCCCACUCAUCCGCCGCCACGCCUGCCUCUGCCUUGCGUAAUCCUUCCCCUAGCGCUGUCGCAGGCGCUUGCAGCGUCUACCGCGAGAUUGGCGCCAUCGUAUGCGAGUUCUUCGAGUCAGAUCAGAUGAAGCACUUCAUGGCGGAGCACAUGAUGUACGCGGUCAAGUACACGCAGCGGACAGCGCCGCAGAUGCUGCGGUUAUCGCGACUGUGGCGCUGGUGUGCGGAGUCGUCGGCAUCUUCUCGUGUGUCGGUGGCCUCCCUCGCGCACCUGUCGGAGGUGGACCAAAAGACAAUUCUGCAAAGUGAGCUCUUUGUGGACUUUCUCUGGCGUUCCUUCGGACCAUCCGGCAUUCCGGAAGAUGGUCGGGUGUGCAUACCAGCGUCCUCGGGGCUGAAGCGGCCCACCACAGCGGGCGGGCAGGGUCAGGCGCCGUCGACAGGGACGCCGGUCGGCGGCGGUGGUGGUGGUGCCCGACGCUCUUACCCUACACCGGCGGCCCCGCCCCCUGCAGCCCACCUCCCUCCUAUCCCCGCGAUGUGGGAGGGCUUCCGCACACUCCUGGUGCUUCUUGCCACCCCGCUAAACAUCCUGCGCCGCUACAGCCACGUGGCUCGAUGCCUGGUGGAGAGUGACGCGCUGCUGUGGGAGGACCGUGAACGACUGCGAAGCCGCUUUGUCAACAUCGCUGCGUGGCGCAUUAGCGAGGAGACGAACCUCGUCAUGGGGGAGCUUUCCCUACACGACGUGAAGGGGAUCAUGGCACUGAUGGACAUCCAGGGUGCCUCUACGAACAGCGGGGGAGGCGUUGGCCUCGCCGGCGGCGAGUCGAUAAACAACAGCUCUGCUUCAGCUCUGACCUCCGCUGAGAUAUCGCUGGAUUACAGCCACCGCAUCCUCAUCCACCACGGUCGUCUGCUGAAGCGCUUUGGACGUGGUCGGCACGAGCGUCUCAUCUUUCUCUUCAGCGAUUGGCUGUGUUAUACUGAGGAAAGCAGCAACGGCCACCUCCGCGUCCGUGGCACGAUUCCGCUUUCAGGGCUGCACGUGGUGAAGGUGCGCGAUGACACGUCUCUGGACACGAUCAACUGCUUCGAGCUCGUCUUAUCAAGCCCCCCGAAGCGCAUCAUCUUCUACGCUCCCUCGCCGGAGCAGCGGGACCAGUGGGUAGACGCAAUACGCUACACAGUGCAGCGGUUUGGUGAGCGGCAGAAAAACAACCAAGUUGUGGUGAGCGGUUCGGCGCGCGACAGCAAAAUGAGCGCCACAGCAAGAAACGGGGCCGUUCUGAGAGUGAUGCGACCCACUGCACCGAUGCUAAUGUCCAACUCCCGGCUGAGCCGUCAGCGACGCAAUGACGCCGUGUGCCAGGGGCAUGGGGACCUCCAGCGACGCAUAGCGGAGAUGGCGCCGCAACCCUCGCGCAUGAUCUCUGAGCCAGCAGGCGCUUCGUCCCCCGCUGUGGCAAGUGGACUGGAGUGCGGGUCGUUAUCUGUCUCCCACUCUUCUCCGCUGGCGAACGCUCCAUCCGGUGACCCCUCGCACGACGGCAACUUUUCCCCCCAGCUUUCCAGUAGCACACACCGACAGCUCAACUACGACGCCCCACCUUGUUCUCAACUCGCGUCUGUGGACUGCCGCAUCCGCAGCCAGGACUUCAUAGCGUCGCAUCAGCAGCAUCUCGCUGACUCCUCCUCAUCCCACAUCGUCCCACCCACGCAAACUGUCGGAGCCCCGCCAGGGAUCGGCGGCGUAACGGGCGACACCAACUCCAGCCUGAACUGCAUAGUCGUCCCCGGCCUCGAGGCAGGCAACAUGGACCGAGUCUCAUCGGUGCACACGACGGAAAGAAGCGCGUCACCACACCAUCAGGGCUCUUAUCAGCUCUCCUCCCCUCUCAUCUCUGCACCCGUUGUUCCUCCCCCUGCUGGGCGGCACAGCACCAGCUCCCUGCGCUCCCUCAAUAUUGACGGCAUGGCCAGUACAAACGGCUCCAACAUCAGCACCCCGUUGCGCCGCACUGUAUUGGGACGUUUUGAGGCGAUCAAGAGGAGCGGCAGUGAAAAAAGUCAGCAGCAUCAGCAGCGCACCAACAGCGCCUCGCUCCGUGACUCGCUGACUAGCACGUGGGAACGCCAACCGCAGCAGGGGUCGUCCCCAUUCCCAGAAAAGGUGUCACAUCGGGACGGCGGCAGCACUGCAGCAUCGCCUCCGCUGUCGCAUGAGGUCCACAACAACGCGGCAAUGGAGGAGGAGGAGGAGGAUGAGGUUGCCCAGAUGGACCUCACCGCCAAGGUUAGUGAAUCCAUUGAAUAUGACGACCAGUUGGUUUCUCUCGCAUCGCUCCGCCACCCUGCAGCAGCGAUGCAGUCAUCUCUGAGCAGCGAGUUGCUCGGGCUGGAAGCGCAUCAGGACAAGGAGGACAGCACAAGCAGCAGUGUUAUAUUGCACCACCUAAUCAACCCAGUAGACUGCCCUACACUUCUCAACGGCGGCAUGCAGGCCUCCAAUGCACCACCUCCAGAUACCUCCUGCGCACAGCACUCGCACAGUGUCACGCAGGGCCCCAUCAACGGUAACGUGGACUCAAUUAUCAAGGCCUCACCAACCCCCGCCGUGGCCCGCGAGGAGGAGAACGGCUCGCGAGACGCGCGACCAGCCGCCGCUGCGGUCCACAAAACGAACAAAACGGGCAGUGUCAUGAGUGCUGGUGUUCCGCUAGAGCACAGUGUCAACGGUAGCGUAGAGGAGGAUGGGUCGGCGACGCCCACAGCCGUCGUGACGGCAUGCCGCCCACCCAGGCCCGCCCAUCGUCGCCCCAUGGCGCCCACACCGUCCUUUGUGAAGUCCAGACAAGUGGUGGUGGCGCACGAAAAGGGCAACGUGCCGGCUCCUUUUCGGGCGUUCAUCGACUCACCAACCGACUUAGGCACCGGCCUGGCGAAGGAGAUGGGUGCCGAGGAACCCCUGAACGAGGCAGUGACCCCGUGCCACGUGGACCCAGUAGUGAAGGGGCCUCACGACAGAGACUCGGUGCAACCUUGA